AUCCUAAAAAAAGAUCUACUCUGUUCGUCUGAUGCAGACAGUUGAAGCCUUUUCAACGUGCUGCUGUGUCCACUGCACACCAGGAAACAAUCUUUUACUGGCCCGUAUGAACAUGACUGACUACAGCCAGUAAAACCAGUUUAAAUUUCCUUAAGGCUAUUUACAUAAUUGUUCUUUUCAAUGUGUCAGUGAGAGUACAUUUGACGUUUUGACAGCUAUUACAUCAUUGGGAUCCUUUAGCGGCUGUAUUUCAUGGUUUAUUUAUGACAUAAUGGAAAGAUUUGACAUUUAUAGUUGUUGCUGUGCUGUUUACAAACUCAUUUUUAAACAGUUAGGGCUGAUGUGUGAGCAUGUUGUCUUGUAUAACAGGGAAUCUCCUGAGUAAAACAAAUGAACCCACUGACACAACUCAGCACGAUCAAUAACCAGGAUGCAUUCUCCCAACCCACCAAGAGGCGAUCCAGAUCUGCACGGACGCCCUCCGUCCUCUGCCAUCAGGCUGUGGACUCAAUGUCCCACUGCCACCAAAAGUCCUGUAUUCCAUCCGCUGUGAUAGUUUUAAAUAACAAGCCGCUAAGCCAUGUCAUUAUCACUUCCACUUGGUCACUUUUAGACUUGUUUUGUUUAUUUCCAGGUUCGUACGUGUGCUUCGUGCUCAGGUUUCUCAUACUGAACAUUCCUGUAUUCAUACCAGUGUGAAACGUCCCGUUUUAGGACGUUUCGAUGGGGAACUGCGUCGCUGAGCAACAGCUUAGUUCCACGUUUACUUCCUUUUAGCUGUUGGCAUUCACGCACGGCAAGAAAGUUAAACUAUGGGCCGCAAGGAUGCGUCGUGGCCGUGUCCUGUCUCGUAUGGUGCUCGACUUUAUUCUUGGCGAGCGUAACCCCAACCAGCAGAGGACCGCGACGCCCGGGGGUCCCUCCUUCACCCUCUUCCCUGUGCAAUGCCGAAGAGUGACACGUGGCCCGGCGGCGUGGCCAUGGAACCCUUGAGCAAUUUGGACAGUGCCGGGAGCUGCGACAGCGUAAUCAGCGUUAACUCCGGCUACAGUCAGGACAGCAUGGAGCACUUGUCUCCAGAAGAGAGGGCGUGCCUCAUGUUUUUUGAGGAGACGAUUGAAGCUCUGGAGGUGCAGGAGGACAGCGGAUUAUCCAAUGAUGAACCAGAUUCUGUUUUCCCUGCAGGCCCAGAAGUAAAUGGUGUUUACAGUUUGACGUCCAACGCGUCCAAAGAGGACCAGACAGCAAGGCCGGGAACCAAUGUGUUCUCCAUCAAAGACCAAGCUGAGCAUCACGCUCCAAAUCACACCUCAGAACCACAGUCCUUUCCGACUGCUGCGGCCAACAUGAACGAUCUGGAAACACCGAUGCACCCGGUGAAUCCACCCAAACCUCCGGUCACCGAAUCAACGGCUGAUUGCAAAGUCCUCCCAUCAGCUUCUCAGGUGUGUGUAGCCAUGGAUGGAGAUGAACAUCUUGCGAUUGUCCCAAGGGCUGGUCCUCGCCCCGGUGUGUCCGAUGAGGCCUCUCAGAUCGAUGUGGGUGUGAUCCCCCCUCCCUCAGACUUCAUGGAUCAGCCGGUCACUCCUCCACGGCCACAGAAAGUAGAAGAACUUCUUCCCUCCACGAGGAUAUCCAAUGAGAAGCCAGGAGCACCCGUGGAGCAAGAGCCUCCCAAGAGCACCCAGGGGCCUCCAAACGAGCCUCCAAAACUGAGUCUACCAGCCCCCAGCUCCUGCCUCCUAAUGAGUCCGCCCAGAAGUCCAGAGCCCAGAAGUCCACCUGCUGUGGCCCCUAAGCCCAAGAAGCUCCCUACCAACAUUAUUCUGAAGUCACACAAGGCAGGAGUGGACGUCUCUAAAGACCACUCUGAACAUUUGGUGCACAAUAGCAGUGACCGGCUCAUGCCGGACCCCCAGAGGGUCCGCAUUGAGGCCCUCAGAAAGCUUGGCCUGCUACCUGCAGAGGCAGAUCCAGGCCCAGCUUCUCCCAGAUCCAGAAGUUCAUGGGCCACUCCUCUUUCUCCAAUCGGCCUGAAACCUCCGCUCACGCCACCGUACACCUGUGUCAACAGUUCAUCUCCGGCCCGCGUCCCUUCCCAGUCUCCCGCUGCCGCGCCACCAUCAGCUACCUCCACUGCCCCCGCGGGACAGCCCGCCGCGGUGAUGCCGGCACCACCUGCUUUCAGCGACUCCGUCGGACCUCCGCUGUCAGGUAAUGAACCGCGUGCUGCCGGAGGAGCUUCUGAGGCCAGAGUCAAUGCAAGAAUGUCCGCGCCCCCUCAUACCUCCCCUGCCCCGGUCAAGCACCCGACCCCGUCCAAGGUCGUGCGGGCCAAAUCGGCCACCCUGGAGCGCCCUGGUCUGGGUCAAAGCAGCUAUGCGGAUGGUCCGGACUCCACCAAGGCCGGCCAGCCACACAGAAACAGGGUGCGGCAGGCUUCUCUGGGGGGUCUGAAAGAGUUCACGGGUGCAGGGAGAGAGGCUCCAGCGGUGGGCCGGACCGACGGCAGAGAGCCCGAGUUCCGGAGGUCCCUGCCCGCCCACCACGGCCCUCAGGCCUUCGGGGAAGCUUCCAAGAAGCUGCCUCGGUCGCAAGGAAUCAGUGUGCUGAUCUGCCCUCGCGCGGAGAACGAGGGAGACCGCCGGCAGGCCCUGAAGAAGCUGGGGCUGCUCAGGGACUGAGGCGGCCAUCUUACACCUCAUUUCAGUGCUACUUUAGAUGCUUUAUUUAACACAGCGGGAAGCGACACGGGAUUGAUGAAAGCAACACAACACUUUAGGGAAGCAGCUUAUUUCAGCGUUUUUGUUUUUCGUGAAACCUCCUCAUGUGUCUGGGUAACAUUGACGGUCAUCACUCGCAUCUACUUGUUCCUCAUAUGCAGCCAGAUGUAAGAUGUUUUGCUUCCUGUCAAUCAAACAACUUCUCAAAUUUUCCCUGACGCUUUGUCACUGGCUGUGGUUUUAAAUUAAAAAUACUGUUACUUUCAGAGGCAAUGAGUUAUUUUGUCAUUUUAAUGUUCCUUGUGAUCCAUUCACCUUACUGAAUGUCAGUGUCUGCUUUUACAAGUGUUUUUUUUUAAAACAGUGACACCACUUUGAGGUCGUUUCUCCUUUUUAGAUACUUUCAAAGGUCACCUUCCCUUUUCAGCUCUGUUGAUUUUUUUAUACUCGACAUUUUGAACCUGUCUAGCAUGUCCUGCAUAUGUAGAACGUUCCUUACUGUAACUCAAAGCACAAGUCGGUGGCCACCAGGAAUCUGAAACAUGCAGUUUGCAUAGUGGCACUUUAACUAUUUAUUAUCAUAAACGGCUGACUUCCUUGACCUCAAGUCACAAAUAUCAAAUACGUGCUUGGACCAGGCCAUAUUUUUCUCGCCGCAGGUUUUAGGCAACACCUUUCGCGGCUCGUAAACAUUUACAA